AUGACUCAGACCCAAGAGGCAGGAGAGGGCCUGCAGCAAGCCCCAGGCAACCCUUCCCUACAGCAGCCUGCACCACCUCAGCAGCCUGCACCCCCUGCAGCAGCCUGCACCCCAUACAGCAGCCUGUAUCUCCUGCAGCAGCCUGCACCCCCUGAGCAGCCUGCACCUCCUACAGAAGCCUGUACCUCCUGCAGCAGCCUGCACCCCCUGCAGCAGCCUAUACCUCCUGCAGCAGCCUGCACCCCCUGCAGCAGCCUGCACCCCGUACAGCAGCCUGCACCCCCUGCAGCAGCCUGCACCUCCUGCAGCUCAGCAACAGCUCUGUGCCAGCCUCUCACCCCCUGCUCAGGUCCUGAGCCCUGGGGCAUUAUGGAAUCGGCACUGAAGGUUCUGGGGACAGAUGGCCUCUUUCUCUUUUCCUCGCUGGACACGAACCAGGAUAUGUACAUCAGCCCAGAGGAGUUCAAACCCAUUGCAGAGAAACUGACAGGGUCAGUUCCUGUGGCCAGCUAUGAGGAGGAGGAGCUGCACCGUGAUCCCAGCGAGGAGACUCUCGCCAUAGAAGCCCGAUUCCAGCCUCUGCUCACAGAGACCAUGACGAAGAGCAAAGAUGGCUUCCUAGGGGUCUCCCGCCUUGCUCUGUCUGGCCUCCGCAACUGGACGACUGCAGCCUCACCAACCGCAGUAUUUGCUGCCCGCCACUUCCGGCCCUUUCUGCCCCCUCCGGGUCAGGAGCUGGGCCAGCCCUGGUGGAUUAUCCCUGGCGAGCUGAGUGUCUUCACCGGCUAUUUGUCCAACAACCGCUUUUACCCACCGCCGCCCAAGGACAAGGAGGUCAUUAUCCAUCGGCUGUUGAGCAUGUUUCACCCACGCCCCUUCGUGAAGACCCGCUUUGCCCCUCAGGGCACCGUGGCCUGCCUAACUGCCAUCAGCGACUCCUACUACACGGUGAUGUUCCGGAUCCAUGCUGAGUUCCAGCUUAGUGAGCCUCCUGAUUUCCCCUUCUGGUUCUCGCCGGGCCAGUUCACCGGCCAUAUCAUCCUGUCCAAAGAUGCAACACACAUCCGUGACUUCCGGCUGUUCGUGCCCAAUCACAGGUCCCUGAAUGUUGACAUGGAGUGGCUGUAUGGGGCCAGUGAGACCAGCAACAUGGAGGUGGACAUCGGCUACAUACCCCAGAUGGAGCUGGAGGCCACGGGCCCCUCGGUGCCCUCUGUGAUCCUGGAUGAGGAUGGCAAGAUGAUUGACAGCCGCCUGCCCUCGGGAGAACCCCUCCAGUUCGUGUUCGAGGAAAUCAAGUGGCACCAGGAGCUGAGCUGGGAGGAAGCUGCCCGGCGCCUAGAGGUGGCCAUGUACCCUUUCAAGAAGGUCAACUACCUGCCAUUCACAGAGGCCUUUGACAGGGCCAAGGCUGAGAACAAACUUGUGCAUUCCAUCUUGCUGUGGGGAGCCCUGGACGACCAGUCCUGCUGAGGUUCGGGGCGGACUCUCCGGGAGACUGUCCUGGAAAGCCCGCCCAUCCUCACGCUCCUCAACGAGAGCUUCAUCAGUACCUGGUCCCUGGUAAAGGAACUGGAAGACCUGCAGGUCCAGCAGGAGAACGCACUCCACAGUCAGCUGGCGGGCUUGCACCUGGAGAAGUAUAGCUUCCCUGUGGAAAUGAUGAUCUGCCUGCCCAACGGCACUGUGGUCCACCACAUCAAUGCCAACUACUUCCUGGACAUCACCUCCAUGAAGCCGGAAGACAUGGAAAACAACGUCUUCAGCUUCUCCUCCACCUUUGAGGACCCAUCCACAGCCACCUACAUGCAGUUCCUAAGGGAGGGACUCCGGCGUGGCCUGCCCCUCCUCCAGCCCUAGGGAGCCUAGAGUCCUAGAGAAACUGGACCUGGUGAGAACCUGGCGGACAGAUUCCACACACCCUGGAGCCACAAUGCCCUCCAUCCACUUCACACUGGAAAUGGCCUCCGUCACUCCCAGGCUGCCUAGCGAGGUCAAAGGCCAACUGAGGCUGCUCCCUUCACUCAGCCCGAAUGAAGGUGGAUAGGCAAAGGGCCUGGCUGAGUGUGUAAAUGAGCCAAAGGCCUGCUAACACUACCAGUUCUUCUGUUCUCAUCGGGAUCCCAAAGCUUCA